AUGACAAAGGAUCCCGAAGGGCAGUAUGAGGCCCUAAGUCUGACCGAGCUCAAAAGCAGCGCCCAGGAGAAGAGCGUCAUUGGUUACAGCGUGAACUUCACCUUGGGGGGGGUGCUGCUCUUCGGGGGGUUCAAAAUCGACGCGGAGACGAAUGAAAAGGGUAGCGACAAAGAUGGUGGAAACGGUAGCGAAAGUGGCGAUGGUGACAAUGGCAGCAAUCGUGACGACGGCGCGGGCACCGUCUGCAACGACGCCUAUCUGGUGCACAUCAAAAAGGAGAAAGUCGAGUAUGAAACGUUAAGGAGCAAAGUGAAGCCCAAAUCUAGGUGCUACCACAACUCGUGCACUUUGCUGGAAAACUAUGUUGUCAUUUUUGGCGGGCUAAACAGCGAAGUGCCCUUUAUUGCGCUUAAUGACUUGUGGAUUUUUAACAGCGCAAAUAAAACCUUUGCGGAGGUAAAGGUGACUGCCGCCGAAGAAGCGGCUGAGGGGGUGGAGACGGCGCCUGGGUCUUCCCAAAGCGAGGCAGAGAGAGAUGACGAAAUGUACGAAGGAUCGAAAUUAAGCGGAGAAGACGAUUACACAAAAGUGGAUUCGGAAGACGAUGGGAACAAUAACAGUUAUAUAUUGAACAGUGUGCACUUGAAAAAAUUAGGCAAAUAUCUGAGCUGUGACAAAGGUGCGCUAGCCAGUCAGGGUAGCUGUGUUGUCCCCGCCCCGAGGUACUUCUCCAGCUUAGACCUAUACGUAAGUAAGAAAGGGGCAUCGGAGGAGGCGGCAGAGAAAGCGGAGGAGAAAGUGGCAGACAAAGCAGCAGACGAAACAGAAGAUGGAGCUGAAGACGACGGGGAGGAAUCUUCGGGGGAAAGAAACCAAUUAAGCGUAAAAAACAACAAAAUUGUCCUGAAAAAUUCAAACGAAUACGAAUAUUUCAGCCUAAUCCUAUUUGGGGGGUACGGCGGGUACGACAGAAGCAGCUUCAACGACUUGUAUGAAUACGACAUUUUGACAAACCAGUGGAUUCUACGAUCCUGCAAGGGUAGCAUCCCCUCGAAUAGAUACGGACAUGUCUCCUUCAUCAAUGAAAAGAAUUUAUUCAUUUUGGGUGGAACCAAUGCGGAAGUCAGCUUUAAUGACAUGUACGCCUGCAACUUAAGCAACAACGAAUGGUCCGAAAUAGAUUUCUCCUACUCUUUCAAUGUGUCCAAAGUAUUCUGCAGAAGCGUCAUGGUGGAGUCUAUCGACAGAAAUAUCAUUUUCAUUUUCGGGGGAUACAACAUUGUUAGUGAUGAAAAAGGGAACCGAAAAAUAGAGUAUAGCAAAAUAGAGUACAGCAAAAUAGGGUACAAUAAUGCAGAGCUGAAUAUGUUGAAACUGUAUGAUACGUUUAAGUUGGAAGAUUUGAAAUAUACCAUGGUUAGGAGUAAGGAUGCUGAAACGGGUUCUGCGUCUAGCGGAAUGGGAGGAAUUGCCAGCAUAACCACGGGAGCUACCAACGCGCAGAAUGGAUCCGCAACAAGUAAACAGGGGAACCAACUACUCAGCCAAGUGGACAAAGCAAAAGGAACAGUAAGGGGAGAAACUCACGAGCAAGAUGACCCAACGAGUACUAUCAACCUGUGCUCAAUCACGUACGAUUUUGUGGACGCCAAUUUGAUCAUCACAGAUUCUAAGCAAAAAAUUUACGUGAUGAAUAUAAGUAGAAUUAUAGGACCCAAGUAUGCCAUUUUUUCCCUACUUCCAAAACACUGCGAUAUGGACGGUGGGAAAAAAAUACUCUUGAAGGGAAAAGGAUUUAUGAACGAAGGAAAGAUAAGUAUAAAAUAUACGUCUGAUGAUGUCGACCUGUUCAGUGAAGGAAUCUACAUUAAUGAGAAUUACAUUUACACCAUUGCGCCUAGUGCAAAAGACAAAAUUAAAAACAACAUCUGUGAUGUGCACCUCUCCAUAAAUGACAAAUGCUACACGACUAAUAAGUGCGUUCUGGAGUAUUACUACAAUAUCGAUCCAAAGAAGACCCUGAUUUUUGGGUCUGGCUUGUUAGAACCCAUUUCUUUAAAAGAACCCCACAUUUUCUUUCUCAUAGCUAGAAACUCCUUGAACGAAAAGAAAAAAAUCGGAGGAGAUAAAUUCCAGAUCAGCAUCACGUAUGAACAGGAUGGGAUUCACCACGACGUGAAAUACACCCUGUAUGAUCUUAACAAUGGGUUUUACAUCGUCAAGUACUUCCCUUAUGGGGAACAGGGGGCGGCGACGGAUGCCAUCGUCCCUGCCGAAGGGGGUUUCAACUUGGCUCCAGGAGCGGUGGAGGCGGUAGAAGCGGUGAAAGGGGUAGACUCGGUUGACGGGGUAGACGCGGUUAACGGGGUAAACGCGAUUAACGGGGUAGACGCGGUUAAAGGGGUAGACGCGAAAAACCAAGAGAAUCCGGGCAAGGGGGAAAUCGGCCAAGGAGAUGAAAGCGGCGGAAAGGAGGAACACCCCCCACUCACCACGGGAACCAUCCACAUAUCGGUGAAGCUGAAGGGGGAAGACACCCGAAACAGUCCCUUGGCCCUGAAGGUGUACAGCCGAGUAACAGACAAAACCACGUUCGUGAAAAAAUUUAUAAACGAUCGGUUAGAAGACUUAAUAAAAAAAGGAGAACGCAUUCUCGAUUUGAUCAGAAACAAAGAGUUGAGCACCGCCAAGCUGAUUGAGCUAAAUGUUAACAUUGAAAAAUUUCUGAGCAAUUUCUCCAAGUCGAUAUAUGACAUAAAUACCAUCGAGCAGUACAUACUAUAUGGGUCCAUCGAUGCGGGGAUGGUGGAGCCAAUACUAGAACAGGUGCACCGUGAGGGGAACGUGGUGCAAGCCUCUCUGGAGGACGAGUCUUUCAUCGAGAGGUACAUCGACGAAUUGAUAAGCGGUCAAAGUGGCGGAAGAGUAACAAAUGGCGGAAGCGACCCAAGUGGGAAAAGCGGCACAAAUGGAACCCCAUCAGACUCCCCCGCGCAGGGCGCAGGCAGCGCCUUCCUGAAGGUGAAGGACAACGAAGGCAUUGCCAACUUUAUCGACUCAAGUAAAAUGAAAUUCGUGGACUGCAUAGAAGCCAACUUGGUGAAGAGGCUGAAGAGCUACAUUGCGGUGCUGAACAGCGAGGAAUCCAACCUGCGCAACAGGAAGGAGGCGAAGAGGAGCGACGGCGGGGGGGGCGAUACCGCACUGGGGAAGACCGCUCCAGGGAAGACCGCUUUAUCGAAUCCCCCUGUAGGUAACCCCUUCGAGGAGUUCCCACGCCAGGGUGAAGAUAACCAAAUAGAAGUGAUCCGAAAUUUACUCAGCUUCUACCACAAGCUGAAAUCCGUCUGCAUCUGUAAAAAGGAAAAGGAGCUAAAGGAAGAAUUCGUCAAGGAAGAAAAGGAAAGCAUAAAAACGAUGAAGCUUAACUACAACAAGUUUGUAAACAUAAAAAAAAAUCUGGAAACUUCCACCGUCUAUACACAUAGCAGUGGCUACGAAGGGUCCCUGAAAGAGCUGGAAAAUAUGAAAAAAUACGUACAAGAAAUUAAAGAAGAAGUGAUAAAGGUGGAGCAAAUUUCACAAAACAUCGUAAAAAUAGACAACGUAGAAGAGUUAAGCAAGGAUAUUGACAAUUUAGAAAAAGAAAUCGAUGAAAUAGAAAAGCUAUGGAUGUUUAUAAAAAAAAAAGAUCAAGUGCUUAACGGGUUCCUUUUCUCUACAUUUAACGAUUUAGAUGUGGAAGAGUUCGACAUACAGAUGAAAAACCUACAGAAUGAGUUUAAGAAAAUCAAAGUGGAUAGGAAACACAAUAUAUGGAAGGAAGAAAUGGCCAAGCUGAAAGACACUACAAAAUUCGUAUCCGUCAUAGGUGAAUUAAAAAAGCCCUUCAUUAAGCAGAGACACAUAAAAGAGAUCGAAGUUACCAUAAACGAGGAGAGAUACAAAGACAACCAAGAACCGAUUAACCUUCUCAUCGAUGAAAACACACUGACAAUCUAUUUUUACAAACUAAAUGUGAUAAAGUACCAUGAGUCGAUAGAAGAAGUUAUCAUCAAAGCUUAUAAUGAAAAGAGCAUAGAGGAGAUAAUACAAAAAUUUCACGACUACUGGGAUGGUAUCCAUUUUAAGAAUAAGGAUUACAAAAAUGGGAUCAUUCUUACCUACAUUGAUGAUAUGUGCAUUGAGACCAUAGAGGAACAUCAAAUGAGUCUUCAGAACUGCUUCUCAUCAAAGUACUUCCUCUUCUUCUCAACGGAGCUAAACAUCUGGCAGAAAAAAAUCUCCAAUAUUUACGAAGUGAUUCUCCUACUCAAAGAUAUAGAGAAGCUCUGGGUGUAUCUUCAAAAUAUGUAUGUCUACUCGGAGGAAGUGAAAAAGGAACUCCCUUUGUACUCCAAAUUUUUUCUCACCAUCAAUGAUGAGUACUUAGAAAUGCUGAAGCAAAUUAUUGGGAACAACACCAAGGUGGUGGAUUUCGCUAAUGAGGAGGGAAUUAUAGAGAAGCUAGAAGAACUAAAGGUGAAGCUAUGCAAGAGUGAGAAGCCUCUAAACGAGUACCUUGAUUCCAAGCGGAAGUCCUUCCCUAGGUUCUUCUUCAUAUCGUCUACCGACUUGAUCGAUAUUCUCUCCAAUGGAAACAACUUCAAGCUCGUCAACACCCACGUGCAGAAGAUUUUCCUCUCAAUCCGGAGGUUCGUAACGCGCAGGGAGGUCCUCACGGAGUAUGAGCUGGGGAACGAAGUCAGUCUGGGGAAGGAAGUUAGUUUGGGCAACGAAGUCAAUAUGGGGAACCAAGUCAAUAUGGACGGAUCCACAGGCGGAAAGCCCCCAAAGGGGAGCAGUCCAGCCGACGCUCCAUAUGCCCCUCAUGCUCAAGACGACGCUUCAUGUGUCCCCCCCGCUGAGCACCCCCCUGUGCAGGUCCCAAACGAGGUUAUCACGAAGCUGAUCUCGUCCUACGGAGAAGAAGUAUGCAGCUUCCACGAGCCCCUAGCGCUCAAGGGAAAGGUCGAGUGCUACCUAAACGACAUCAUCAAGCACAUCAAAUACACCCUCAAGUACUACAUUGGAAAUCUCUUCAAAUUGAAACACAUGUACAAUAUGGAGAAAGACAAAUGGAUAGACCAGAAUUACUUAUCGCAAGUUUUUAUCCUUUGCAACUCCAUCUUUUUCGUUCACGAUGUUGAAAAUAUUCUACGAAAGGGAGAUUCAAAUGUGAAGGAACAGCUCAAGGCUUACUAUAAAAAUCACAUCACUCAACUGGAAAAUGUAAUUAAAAAGGUUCAAAAAAAACUGACCAUGAAGAACAGAAUCAAAAUUAUGUGCAUAAUUACUCUGGACACUUUCUACAGAGACAUUCUUGAAGUCAUCCUAAAAAAUAAAAACCCCAUUUCGAUAAACAUGUUCGAUUGGCAGUCGCAAAUUAGGAUGUACCCAUACUUUAAAGAUAAGACGAGUGCUGGUUCUCCGUCUUGGGGGAGUACUGAGAGGUAUGGACAAAGAAGUCACGGUGCAGGAAAACAUGAAGAAGUAACCGAGGAGAUGGAGCAAGGGGGAAAGACAACCACAUCAGUGGAGAAAACAACAGAGAAAGAGGUGAAUCAAUCCAUGGGAAACCACACAGAUGAAAAGAACAUUUAUGAAGAAAACUCUCUAGAUUUCAAGAAGCUUUAUAUAAAAAUAAAAAUCAUGGACUGCUCCUUUGACUACUCCUAUGAUUACAUCGGCAAUUACCAAAGGCUGGUCAUUACUCCAUUGACUAGCCGUAUAUACAUCACAGCUACGCAGGCGCUAAGUCUCUAUAUGGGAUGCGCUCCCGCUGGCCCUGCAGGAACGGGAAAAACUGAGACGACAAAAGAUUUGUCGAGCUUCUUUGGAAAAAACUGCUACGUGUUUAAUUGCUCGGAUCAACUGGAUUAUAAAAGUAUGGGGAAUAUAUUUAAGGGAAUUGGGAGCACUGGGUGCUGGUGCUGCUUCGACGAAUUCAAUAGGCUCAUCCCGGAAGUGCUGUCUGUGUGCUCCAUCCAAUUUAAGUCCAUCCUGGACUGCAAACGGAAUAAUAAUAAUGUUUGCAUAAUCGGAUCGGAUGAAAUUAUCGUGAAAAAAAACUGCGCCGUCUUUAUCACCAUGAACCCGGAUUAUCUGGGCAGAUCCAAAUUGCCAGAGAGCCUCAAAAUUUUAUUCAGACCCAUCACGGUCAUUGUUCCAGACUUUAAUAAGAUUUGUGAAAAUAUGCUCAUGGCUGAGGGAUACGUUGAUGCAAAGUACUUGUCUAUAAAAUUUACCACCUUCUUCGAUCUGGCGCAAAGUCUACUGAAGGAGAAGCAUUGCGACUGGGGGCUGAGAAGCAUCAAGAGUGUUCUUACCAAGGCCGGGUUCCUCAAGAGGACCUACCCAGACCUGGACGAGAACAAAUUGCUCUACUCGGCCAUACACGACAUUAACAUCGCGAAGAUAUCUGCCUCCAACUGCCCCGUCUUCUCCGGGCUCCUCAACGACAUAUUCUUUUCCCAUCAGGGGGGGAGCGCAAACGGUGCGUCGAACGGUGCGUCGAACGAUGGGGUGGCGGAAGACAAGGUCGGAGGGGAUGAAAAAAUCGUCCUAAAUGGAGUAGUAAACGCCCCGCAGAAAGACGAUGACCCCGCUAACGCCGCUAAUCCCCAUAACGUCCAGGAAAACUCUCCGUCGAACCCGACCGCCGGGCCGUUCCACCAGAACGCGAUAGAAGAAGAGCUGAUGGAGAUCUGCAGGAGGAACCACCUGUUCGGACUGAACUACUUCGUUAAAAAAAUAAUGCAGCUCAACGAUAUCAUCAACAUAAGGCACUGCGUGUUCAUCAUGGGGGAGGCGGGGUGCGGAAAGACGACCCUCUUCAACAUGCUGAUGGAAUACCAAAAGCAACAGAACCUAAAAACGGUGAGCAUCCGAAUCAACCCAAAAUCGAUCAGUAUUGAUGACUUGUACGGAAAUGUCCAUAUAAAGACGAGGGAAUGGAAAGAUGGCGUGUUCUCCAAAUAUAUGAGAAACUACUCAAAGAGGGAAGACUGCGAUAAGGCCUACAUCAUCUUCGAUGGAAAUUUGGACUCACACUGGAUAGAAAAUAUGAAUUCCGUGAUGGACGAUAACAAAGUGCUGACCCUAUCGUCAAAUGAGAGAAUUCUGUUGAAAAACCACAUGAACUUAAUCUUCGAGUUUAGCGACUUAAUGUUUGCAACUCCAGCUACGAUAUCGAGAGCAGGGCUGGUCUACUUCUGUGUAGACCCGAAUGAUCUCUGGAAGAAUUACUUCCUCUCCUGGAUUGACAAGCAUGAAAAUUUUAAUGCCACCGUUAAGAAGUCCUUUGAAAAGUUAAUGUACAAAUAUAUAGAACCCACUUUUGCGUACCUCACCACGGUGAACACGUCCGUUAAAGUAUCUCCCAUUUCGCACAUCCAAUCCUUGGCAGCCUUGCUAGACAUCCUGCUAAAGGAUAACAAUUUCGAGAGCAUAGAACACUACUUCGUCUACUCAGUGAUAUGGUCCUUUGGAAGCUUCCUUGGAGAGAAAGACAAUACAAACUAUAAAAAGAGCUUCGACAAGUACUGGAAAAAUACCUUUAAAAGUAUCAAGGUGAAUAGGAAAAUUAGCGUGUUCGAUUUUUUCAUAGAAGGUAAUAAAUUCAAAGAGUGGGACGAGAGUGAAAUAAAGAAUGAAGUCGACCCAAGUCAUAUUCUCCAGGAUGACAUAUUCGUCGAAACGGUGGAAAGUUCCUCCUACAAGUAUAUAAGUAAAGUGUUCCUUAAGUCUAGCAUGCCCAUUCUAUUUAUCGGAAAAACAGGAGUGGGAAAAACUCUGCUGUGUAAAAAAAUUCUAAGUGAAGAAAGGGAAGAAUACAAAAGCUUCUACAUGAUUUUCAACUAUUACACGAAUGCUAAGAAUGUGCAGUGCUUAAUGCAAAGCUGUUUGGAAAAAAAAUCGGGCAAGCAGUUUAGCCCCCCCUUCCAACAGAAGUUGAUCUAUUUUAUCGAUGACAUUAACAUGCCAAAGUGUGAUGAUUACAACACACAAAGUGCCAUUGAGUUGUUAUGCCAAUAUAUCGACACAAAUUCUUGGUUUGAUUUGGAAAAAUUAAACCUCAUCAAAAUAGUGAAUACAAAGCUCAUGUCUUGUAUGAAUUAUAACAGGGGAAACUUUACGGUUAAUCCAAGACUGCUCCGACACUUCUUCAUCCUAAAUGUUAGCUUCCCAGAGAAUAACACCGUUAACAGCAUUUUUAGUGUCCUCCUCAAGGGACAUUUUAACAGCUUCAAGCAGGACGUAGCGGACUUAGUUCCAUCCAUCCUAAAGUCGACCAUUUCGCUCUUUUACAAUAUAGAGAAAACUUUCAAAAGGACCGCCACCUAUUUUUACUACGAAUUUAACCUUCGAGAUAUUCACAGCAUUGUGAAGGGCUUACUUACUGCACAACCUACGGUCUUCCAAGAUUGCGAUAAGUUGCUCUUCCUUUGGCUACAUGAAUGUGAAAGGGCAUACUCCGACAAGCUAAACAAGGCCGAUAAGAAGAAAUUCAAAACACUCAUUAUCGAUAUAGUGAAAAAAAUGUACAACAAGUAUGAGAUAAACAAAUUUGUGAUGAAAAAUGACAAGUCUUUGCUUUUUUCCAACUUCCAUAGAGGAAGUACAACAAGUGGAUACAACGACAAGGUCUACGAUAUGUGCAGAAAUAUGGACGACCUUACUGCCUACUUAACAGAGGAACUAAAUGAAUACAAUACAUUUUAUAAUCUAAAUAUCGUCCUUUUUAAUGAGGGAAUAAGACAUAUUUGUAAGUUAAUCCGAAUUAUAGACAAUCUAAAAUCACAUGCUUUGCUGCUAGGCAUUGGUGGAUGCGGCAAGACAACCAUCUCUAAGUUUUCCUCGUACAUUUCGUCGAAGACUUUUUUCGAGAUGGACUUCUCUGCACAGUGCACAGAUAAUGAUGUGAAGAAAUAUUUACAAAAUAUUUUUUACAAGUGUGGUAUGAAAAAUGAAGAUAUCAUUCUGUUCCUAAAGGAGAGUAAAAUUCAUGAUAGCUUCUUCAUCUACGUCAAUGAAUACAUGUGCUCAAAUAAUAUUAUCGAUUUGUAUACAAAAGAGGAGAAGGACUACAUUGUUCAGAAUAUGAGGAAUAUUGCCAAGGCGGACGGCGUCCAGGAGACGGACAAUAGCAUAUUCGAGUACUACCUGAAGAAGGUCAAUGAGAAUUUGCAUUUCAUUCUUUGCUUCUCCCCCACCAGCAACAAUUUUAGAGACAAGUCGAAUAACUUCCAAUGCAUCCUGAACAACACACUGAUUGACAUUUAUUAUAAUUGGGAGUCCGACUCGCUUCUCUGCGUGGGGCAGAACUACGUGAGCGACAUCUACAUGAACCUGCGCACUGGGGACAUAGAGCUCAGCGAGGACUGCCUGGGGGGCGCGCCGCAGAGCGGAGCAGCAGUGUCCAUCGCCGCUGACACUGCCCCGGUCACUACCCCUGUCACUACAGCUACCACUGUCGCUGUCUCUGCCGCUGCCCCACCCGAGGAGCACGUCAACCUGAAGGGAAUCGUGACGGAGUACCUGAAGGAGUGCUACGAGGACUUGCUCGAAAUCGCCUCCAACUACUACGCCCAAGAGAGGGCGCAUAUCUACAUCACCCCCAAGCUGUACCUGGAGAGUAUCAAGACCUACCACAUGAUGCUGCUAAAAAACAUCAGCAGUAUAAGCAGCAAAAUGGAUAUGCUCAAAAGCGGAAUCACCAAAAUGAACGAAACCAGCGCAAACGUGGAAAAUAUCAAAAAUUGCCUCAAGGAAAAAAAAAAAAUAUCGGAAGAGAAAAAAGAAGCCGCAGAAAAAUAUGCCAUAGACAUUGGAAAUGAAAAGAUGAUCGUUAAGAAAGAGAGCGACUUGGCAGAUAUAGAAGAACAGAAUUGUCUAGAAAUCCAAAAAACGGUGCUCAAGCAGCAGGAGGAAUGUGAAAAUGACAUAGCCUUGGGAAUUCCCCUCAUAGAACAAGCGGAAGAGGCAUUGAACACACUGAACAAAAAAAACAUACAAGAAUUAAAGACACUAAAUAAACCGCCUCCAGGAGUGGAAGACAUCACCGCAGCAGUUAUGCAGCUAUUAGCAACAAUCGACACGACGAUCUCGGUCGACAAGUUUGGAAAAAUUAAAGAUAGAAGUUGGAAGUCUGCUCAGAAAAUGAUGAUCAAUCCAGAAAAAUUUAUCUCCCUACUUAAAGACUACAAAAAUAAGAUUGACGAAAAUUUAGUUCCAGAUUGCAACUUCAAGUACGUAGAGAAUCUAAUUAACCUUCCCCAUUUCAACAAAAAUGCGAUUCAGAAAAAAUCCAAAGCUGCUGCAGGGCUAGCUGAAUGGGUUCUAAAUGUUACAUCGUUUCACAAAAUUAUACAAAAUAUUUUACCCAAGAGAACCCUCCUAGAAAGUACGAAAAAAAGCUUGGAAGAAGCAAACGACAAGUUACAGACGGUACGAGAAAAAGUACAGUCCCUUAAAGCCCAGCUCAGCACUCUUAUAAGUCAAUAUGAUCACGCUCUCUACGAAAGAGACCUUGUCAUUUUGGAAGAGAAGAAACUUAAAACCAAGUUGGAACUCUCCAUCAGAUUGAUAGACGCUUUGAGCAGUGAACAAAUAUCCUGGUCUAAUCAGUAUGAAGCUUUGAAGAAGAAAAACAAAACCAUCCUCACGGAUAUACUAUUGUCUUCCACUUUUGUUACCUUCUGCGGAGGAUUCACCAAAAAGUACAGAAACAAAAUUAUGACAAAAUGUGUUGAGACGUUGAAUAGGAAGAACCAGAUUCAGAACGAGGUCUUCAGCCAAGUGCUUAAGAAGCUGCAAAAGAGCGCUGGAAAGGAGAAGCCCGUCAAGGGGGCGGGCGCCUCGGCUAGCACGGCAAAGGAGUGCGCGGGUGCUUCCACUGCGGGUGCUUCCACCGCUGGUGCUUCCAUUCCGAGCAGCGGCGUGGGUAGAGAUCAGAGCGAUUUAGAACAAACGGGGGGAGAUGAUGCGCUACACAGAGGAGAUGCUCCCCCCUGCGCGGAGGACUCCAAGGAAGACCUCCCAUACGACAUCUUCUCAGUGAGCAGCUUCAACUUGGAUCUCCUAAUAAACGAAGAAACUCUUUCUAAGUUGAGCAAGCAGGGAUUAACCCUAAACUCGGUGUGCAUAGAAAAUAACCUGAUCCUGGAAAACAGCGAAAAAUUCCCCAUCAUUAUAGAUCCUCAAAUGGAAAGCCUCAAAUGGCUAAUCAACAGCCAAAAGGAGAAAAGCGAAAAGCUAAUAAUCACAGACAUAAACGACAGUAUGCUUUUUAAAAAAAUAAUCGAGUGUCUCUCAUUUGGCUAUUCCAUUAUCAUAGAAAAUGCGGAUGAAAACAUCGAUAACUCACUGUACAAUAUUAUUUCAAAAAAUAUAAUAAGGCGAAAAAACAAUUACUACAUUAAUAUUAACGACAAGGAACACGUUUUCCACCCCUCCUUCUACAUUAUCCUGCAUACUCAGUUGUCCAAUCCGCAUUACCAACCAGAGGUCCAGUCAGCCUGCUCUCUCAUCAAUUUCACUGUAACGCCUGACGAUUUGGAGGAGCAUCUCCUAUCCAUCACCCUAGAAAACGAAUUCAACCAUUUGUCCAAAAAGAGAAAAAAAUUAUCCUUACUUAAGUAUGACUACAUGUGUCAGCUAUCUUUUCUCCAAUCGUCCAUCUUACAGAAGCUAACCAAUGCAAAGGGAGACAUCCUGGAAGAUGUUUCUCUCAUUGAAAAUUUAGAAACGACGAAACUGCUCAGUGAGAACAUUACGAAAAAAACCGAAAUAGUGAAAACCACAGAAGUGCACAUCAAUACCAUCAUCAAUUUGUAUAGACCUUUGUCCAGACGGGGGGUGAUGUAUUUCUUCAUCCUGCAGAAGCUCAAAAAAAUUCAUUCGUUUUACUUUUACUCUUUGGAGAUCUUUUUGAAGAUCUUUAUCAAGUGCCUCAAUGACUGUGCUCAGUUCAGACCCCCCAGCAGAGGCCCCCAACCGAGGGGAAAGAGCCGCCGCAAGAGGGUGCUCGUCAAGGGGGGACAAGUGGCAGCGAAGGGGGAAAUAGACACGAAGGUGGAAGUAACUCAGGAGGCGGAAGGGCCAAUCGAAUCGGAAGUCAUCGUCAGUCCAAUCAAACCGGAAAUUAUAGCCAGUCCAGCCGAGCCAGAGGGUUCCCCCAUCCCAACUGGGCAAGAAGGGGUAACCAACCCGGUUGAGUCAAGACAAGAGGAAACAACCGAAAAACCGGAAACGAUGGAACCGAUGGAAGCAGUGGAAGCACCGGAAGAAGCGGUCGAGCCAGAAGGGGGCCCCAGCACAACAGAACCCGAAAUUGCCGCUAACCUAGAUGAACCGAAAGAAGAGGAGACAGGAGCAAAACCGGAAGCGCCGGAAGUACAGGUCCAGGCGGCCGAACCCGAAGCGGCCGCCAAUCGGGAUGAGCCAAGAGAAGAGGAGACAGGAGAAAAACCGGAAGAACCCCAAGUGGCAGCCGAACCGACUGAACCGGAAGUGGUUGCCAAUCCAGGAGAAUCCGAACCUGCCGCUACUCAGACCGCACUUGAAAAUGACGCGAGGCCAAUGGAACCCGAACCUGAAGCGGGCGUAAAUCCAGCAGAAGCAGAGGCGGGCGCAAACCCAGUCGAAUUAGAAGCGGGAGUAAACUCAGAAGAAGCAGAAUCCGGCGUAAACCCAAUCGAAUCAGAAGCGGGCCCAAACCCAGUCGAACCAGAAGGGGUCGCCAAACCCGAAUCGCCCGCUGCUGCUGAAGUGGAGGCCCCGGCCAGCGCGCAGAAGGGAGACGAGGGCCCCCAAAAGGAACACCUGGAUAUGACCAGCCUAGAGAGCAAACAGUCUGGUGGCGUCGAGUCUGGUGGCAUCGAGUCUGGUCGAAGCGAAUCUGGUGGAAGCGAGUCGAAUGGCAUCGAAUUCGAAAGUGACGACCUGGACGGAGAAGAUACACAGAGUGAAGAAACAAAGAUAGACAAAAACGAAGUGCAGAAGAGAGUGAACGUACUGAUCAGUCUUCUAAUCGAGAAAAUGUGGAUGUACAUAGAUAAGGGGCUCCUAGAAAGAGACAAGCUCAUCGUGAAGUGCCUCAUCAUGUUAAACCUGGAGAAGCUAAACGGAAACAUUACCCAAGAGGAGGAAGACAUGUUUAUAAAUCCCAAGUGUGCACUAAAAGCAAGCCAAAGAGAAAAUGACAGAGGAGAAAAGAAGCUCAUCAAUAAGUCCUUCAUGAGUGAAGACCUAUAUGAAGAUUGUAAAAAUUUAGAGAAUUUGAACCAGUUUGAUAAUCUUACAGAGAGCUUAGAAAGCGAGAGUAUGUCGUGGAAGCAGUGGUUCCUAAGUGACAAGGUAGAGAAUGAGGAACUGCCAAGAAAGUAUAACAAUUUGAAGGACUUCUCCAAGCUGCUACUAAUAAGGAUAUUGCGGAAGGACAGAUUCCCUGUGGCGCUGAAAAAUUACAUCCAGAGGAACAUCAAAAUGACGAAUGAUGAGAAGAAUACUUACGCACUGGGCAAAAUACUGGAGGAAUACAUCGACAACAAGACGCCCGUUUUAUUUCUGUUGACACCGGGAAAUGACCCCUCUAAGGAUAUCGAGGAGUACGUAGCGAAGCUGAAGAGGGGAAAGAAAAGCAGCGCGAACACUGCCAAAAAAAAUGAGCAAAAAGGUGACCAUACAAAUGGGGAACAGCACACUGAAGAAACCAUCUCCUACGUGAAUAUCUCCAUGGGGCAGGGGCAGGAGAGCAUUGCGCUGAAGUACCUCAGGGAGACAUCCAAAUCAGGCGGAUUCAUAUUCCUGCAGAACAUCCACCUCAUGACCAAAUGGCUAAAAGAAUUUGAAGAAAUACUGGACAAAAUAUUAACCGAUUCGCACCCGAAUUUCCGUCUAUUCUUAUCAUCAGCCAUCCCUUCCGAAAAAGACACCAAACUGUUACCGGAGAAACUACUAAAAAAGUGCUUCAGGAUUAACAAUGAAAAGUCUUUCAGCCUGAAGGAUAACAUCAAAUGUUGUUUGGAGAGAUUCCAAAAUAGGGACUACGACGAUAAGCUAAAAAAUGUCAUUUUUGGUCUCUCCUAUUAUCAUAGCUUACUAUUGGGAAGGUUUCUAUACGGAAAAAUUGGAUUCAGUCAAUCGUAUUCCUUCAACGAUAAUGAUCUGGAGAUCUCUUUUAAUAUCAUCAAGAGGUAUUUGGAGAGUUACAACAGCUUCCCUCUUGCGGACGUUCUCUUCCUCAUAGGGGAAAUAAUCUACGGCGGGCACAUCACGGAUAUAUGGGACAGACGCAUAAAUAAGACGUACGUCAAAAAUGUGCUCAAGGAGAUAUACAAAAAUGUGGUUGGUAUUAAUGGCCACGCGGUUAUCGGAGAGGUGCGCCAAGUCGGUAACGGAGACGACGAAAACGAUGCAGAUGGAGAGGACCAUCCAGACAGCGACGAAACGGGGCGAGGUGUCCCACAGGGAAAGAAGCCUGAGGCCUGCCGAGGAAACGACAAGGAGGACGAAAUGGAUGAGAAGGCAGUCCUCAAAGACACCAGGACGAACAUCCUCUUCGAAGUGUUCAAAUUUCCUGACUGCACCAAAUACAACAUUGCCCAAUUAAAAAAAUAUGUUGAUGAAAAAUUGAAAAAAGAACAGACCUGCUUGCUGGGUCUGCACGUGAACGCAGAAAUUGAAUACAUGAAAAAUGAGUGCUCCAGAAUCCUGCAGAACUUGCAAGAGAUCAGCAGUCGGGAUAUUUCCUCCUCGGAGGGUUCUCACGAAAAGGGGGAAAAGACCGGCGCCGCGGGAGACGGCGUUGGGAGUAGUAUCCCCGGUGGAGGUAAACCCAGUGGAAGUACCAUUGGGAGUAACCCCGUUGGAGGUAACCCCAUUGGGAGUAAACAGGGAAGUCUCCCCAGUGGUGACAGCAAAGAUGAUGGAAAGCGCCACAAGGAGUCGGACCAACGAGGAAAGAAAGACCGCAACAAAGGAGGAGACGGCGAAACGGAGAGUGGAAAAAAUGAAACAACGAAAAUUAUAUACGAUAUUAUUAAUCGCCUUCUAAAUGAACUGCCAGAAAAAAUCGACAUAAGCGACUUGAAAAUAGAAGACACAGAGACGAACACAUUUAUGGUCAUCGCAUUGAAGGAGGCCGAGAAGUUUAACACACUCAUUGAUUGUAUCCAUGACAGCUUGGUCGAAAUCAAGCUAGUUCUCGAUGGCAUCCUAAAUAUGAAUAGUAAAAUACAACUUAGCAUCAAAGCUUUGCUGCUACAUAACAUCCCAGAAAUAUGGAAGAACUUCUCCUAUCCAUCCAAAAAGAAACUACUUCCAUGGUUUGAAGAUUUCAAAUUGAGAGUAAUUUUUUUACAAGAAUGGAUUGCAAAAAUAAGGUGCAAUAUUUUCUUGCCCAGUUCUGUAUGGUUGUCUGCUCUCUUCAAUCCCAUUUCUUUCCUAACCGCCAUUAAACAGAAGUUCUCACAUGAGAAUAAAGUACCUAUAGAUAAGCUAAAGCUCAAGUGGCACGUCACAAAUAUCACCAAAGUGGAAGAUCUUAACAAUAAAAACAAUUCUUUGUACAUCCAUGGGUUGUUUCUCCAGGGUGCCUCCUGGUUUGUUAACUCUCAAAAUGACUCCUUCACAUUUGAUAUGGAAAACUUAAGUGAUAACGUGUCGUAUGGCAAUAUAGUGGAGUCCGUGCCGAAGAACAUCUUCUUCUCCAUGCCGCUCGUCUAUGUUUACUGUGUCACCAAUGAACAGGACGGGCAGCUCGCCCGUGCAUCCGACGCCCGCUACUUGGAGACGCCCCUCUAUAUCACCUCGGACCGGGGCGCCACCUUCGUCUGCUCCGUCGAUUUGAACCUAGAAACGGACGACGUCGAGGACAAGUGGAUUUUGGCAGGAGUCGCCCUCUUCCUGUCGGACGAUUAG